AUGACGGCUACCCACCGUUACAACCCAUACAACAUUUGUAUCCUCUCCUGUUUCGUGUUUUUGUUGUCUUCUACGUUUACCCGAGCAGACGGGAAAAUGGCCACCAUUCCUACUAGUCCCUCUGCUUCGUCACAAUCACAACUCUGCGGGAGAAGCUGCCGAAAUCACCACAACACUAGUCAGACAAUCCAACAGCUGCAUCACAUGCCACUAACGGAGGCGCAGAAAGCCGACCAGAACUUGCAGUAUAUGUUAAGUUUGUAUAAGAGCGCAGCCGACCCGGAUGGGAGGCCUAAACAGCAUCGGAAGUUCGGGUCGAACACAGUGCGUCUGCUGCGACCCAUCACCACCCAGGUGCGGUCUCUGACAGCGUCUACAGACCUGCACUACACAUACACAGUGGUGUAUGACCUCCAAUCCAUCUCCCUGGACCAUCUGGUGAGAGCCUCCUUCUUGCACCUCCGUUCCUCCAGAACUGUCAGCACGCCCCACCGCUCCCCUCUCCACUGCAGGGCCAGAGUCACCUCCCUUGGGCAUGACAGCUGGAUGAGCCCCCCUGGACAUCUGGGGGACCAGGGGUGCCUGGUAACGCUGGAGCCCCAUCAGCAGUGGACAGAAACAGACAUCACAGAGCACUUCUCCAGCCAGGUGAAGCAGGGGAGUCGCCUGACCCUCUCGGCCCAGUACUGGUGCCUGGAUCCUUGGUAUCGUCGGAGUGAGGCCUGGGGCGGCCUGUGGAGGUUCAGGGGAAGAGGAGGACACAGGGGAGGGAGGAGGGCAGCCUCAAGAAAUCACCUCAAUGCCCCUGCUCUCCUUCUCUUCCUCGAUGAAGAGGAGGAGCCCAGGGAGUGGGGGGAGGUGACUCGAAUGCGGUACAGUUUGAGGUUGGGAGGUUUGGGGGGUCCUACUCCGGAGCACCACUACACCGGGGGCCCCAGGCCCCGAUCACGUCGCGCCAAACCCCUACCAUCCAACCCCAGUGGCCCUAACCAUCCAGGCAGCAUAGUCUCCGACAUCCCCAACUACCGAAAACACAAAACCCCCUCGCCCAAGAACCAGUGCAAGCUCCACUCGUACCGGAUCACCUUCGCCGCAUUGGGCAUGGCGCAUUACCUCGCCCCACACCAGUACAACCCUCACUACUGUAAAGGAGACUGCCCCAGAGUCCUCCACUAUGGCCUCAACUCGCCCAACCACGCCAUCAUGCAGACCCUGAUUAAAGGGAAAGGGGUGGAUGAGGUGCCGUCCCCGUCCUGCGUACCAUAUAAGUACAAGCCCAUGAGCGUACUAAUGCUGCUGGAGGACAACAAGACAGUGGAUUAUAAGGAGAUUGAGGACAUGAUCGCCGAGUCCUGCACUUGCCGGUAGUUGGAGACAUGGGAGGAGAGGUUGAGGGGGGUAGUUAAGAGUGCAGACCCCCCUCCCUUACA